AUGCGCUCCCUCAAGGCUGUUCUUGUUGGAGACACUAAAGUCGGAAAAUCUUGUAUACUAAGCCAAUUCGUGCAGGAAACAUAUGAUAAAAAUAUGCCAGCGACUGUAGGAGCUGCAUUUUUAACAAAAAUUGUUACAACAGAAGCAGGACCAAUUAGACUUCAGUUAUGGGAUACUGCUGGUCAAGAAAAAUAUAGAUCGCUCGCUCCGAUGUAUUACAGAUCAGCUGCCGCUGCUUUAUUAGUUUAUGAUGUUACAAGUAAAAGCUCUCUCGAAAAUUUACGUAAUUGGAAUCAAGAAAUAUGCGAAAAAGCACCUGCCGGAAUUACAAUAUUCGUUGUCGGAAAUAAAAUUGACGCAACAGACGAAAGAGUUGUUUCAUCUGAUGCUGGCCGUGCAAUGGCGCAAGAACUAGGCGCUGCUUUCUACUUCGAAACGUCUGCUAAGACUGGAGAAGGUAUCAAUAAUUUAUUUAACAAAGUCGCUGAAACAGAUAUUGCACAUGAUACGCAAAUUGAUAAGCCUGUAACUAAACCAGUCAAGCCAGAAGGACAAGAAGGUGGCGGAUGUUGCUAA